AUGGGUCGGUGGAGAUGCUCCUUCGUUGAUCCGCUCAGCGACGCGUUCAUCUUGACCGCCCUCACCGUCUUCUUCCUUGCUCCCCAGACAUGCCUGGGCACAACCCCAGCACAACCCCAACAGGAUGUCGAGCAGGGAACGGAGAUCCCCAACGUCAAGUACACCGUCAUCACGCACAACGUUGCAAGGCCCGCGCAUCGAUCGGACUAUGUCAAGAUGAAGGACAAGAAUGGCAAAGAGUUCGACUGCGUGAUGCCGAGCAAGACGACUGAGGAGCAGGAUGCUCAGCAUGUCGAGGAGCAGAAGAAGCAAGCUGAUAUCAACGCCAAGAGCGAGCAGGAACUGCCGUCCCUUGACUCCCUCCUCGCGCCCCUCACUGGCCGAUGCUUCCUCCGUCCGGACGGCUACUGGAACUUUGAGCUCUGCCAUGGGAAGAAGAUCAGGCAGUUCCACGAGGAGGCGAGGAAGACGACGGUCGAGUACUCUCUUGGAGACUUCGAUCGAGCCGUUGUGCCCAAAGUUGUCAGCAAAGACACGAUGGAUUCCUCUGUCGUAAAGCACUAUUUCGAAGGAGGAACAAGAUGCGAUGAGACGAAUGGACCACGACAUGCCGUUGUGUUGUAUCGAUGCGUGGAAGGGAAGGAAAACCACAUCGAAUCAAUGAAGGAGGAUGCCACUUGCAGCUACACCAUCGUCUUCGCAACCCCGCUGCUCUGCGAUCAUCCGUUGCUUGCUGGAGGCACCCAUGCUGGUUCACAUGUGAAGCCAAGAGUGUCGGACUACCUUGUUGGCCUUUCGGGGACUUGUUUCUAUCGCGUUGAGGGCUGGUGGACUUACGAGUUCUGCUACCAAAAGCACUUGAAGCAGUUUCACCAGGAGAAUAGCGUCAACACAGCUGAGUUUAUGCUGGGAACGCUGUUCUCGAUGCUUCUGCCUGGCUCUUACGUCGACCCGCAGACCUACACGAAGGGCACUAUCUGCGACGUGACAGGCGAACCUCGGCAGGUCGAAGUUCAGUUCAAGUGUGCCACAGACAGUCUCAACGUUGUCUCAUCUAUCAAGGAGAAGUCUACGUGCAAGUACGCUCUGGUGUUUUACACUCCCCUCAUCUGCAACCAUCCGGCUUUCCAGAGCAAGAAAGGCAAGUCGACUGACCUCCACCUCAUCUGCCUGAUCACUUCGCACAGACACCGUCCGCCAGAUCGAGUGCUACCCCACCCAAAGUAA